AUGUAUCCACAGCUGUGGGGUCACUACAUCGAUAUUGUCAGUCAAGCGACAGGGCCAAAGUGGUACCAGUCGUCCAGCCCCUUCAAGGAGUUUGAGACUUUCAAGCCACAACAGAAACCACAAGAGACCUAUCAACAGCCUUCCGACGAGGGUAUCCCUUUCCCAGCCACUUGGCGACCACCGCAGAUCAGACAGACUGAAAUUUGGAGCACUUCUAAAGGGGCAAAGCGGCUACAACUACCAUACUGGGACGCCAGUCGAGACUAA